UUGAGUUGUCACUCGAUUCUCUCGGCAUGUUCUCAACGGUCGCCAGACUCAAACGGGCAUCGGGGUGCAUCUGCGAGAAACAGGAACAGGAACGUACCGCUCUCAGCGUCGCUCCAUGUCAUUGUCAAGAGAGGCGUGGACUCAAAUGGACGCAACCGUCACAGCUCACCGAAUCUAGACCCGCGUUGGCGACUGAUGACGAACCUGAAAUGAACGCAGGUGGCGCCGAUGUCGCUAUACCUUUGGCUGCUAUAUCUAUAGUAGUCUAUAGUGCGACUGUCAGUAGCUGUCAGUCUAGGCUACGCCUUCGUUGCUAUGCCCCACGCUUGACAGUCAAAUUCCUGUGCAUUAUUUGGCUGACGAGGGUGAAAUAUUUGAGGUUACUCGAUGUUACUCAACUGAAUGGCGACCUCAGAAGCAACACUUUCCCUGAUCGCUCUAUCAGCGAACAGCAUACUUUCGUCAUUUCUAACACGGGACGUAAGUUCGUACACGGUAUCUCGACUCAGCCUCCCAUUCUCCCUGCGAUUUCCGAUUCAUGGAUAGACACCGGUUUGCGAUGCGCUACUAGCCGGGAACAGGGCUGCAGCUCAUGGAGCGUCUCUGAAUUCUUCCUCGUAAUAGGAAAAUGUCACAAACCUGCUCCCGUGCUUGUUAGGUUCCUCGUUGCGGCGGGGACGUUGAUUUGCCCACCACCCGUUGGAACCUUGUAG